AUGACGCAGAGGAAUAGAGUUAUUCUCUCAUUCUGUCGAAGCGUUCACUUCAGUAAUCGAUACUUGCGUCGAAAGUGCUUCCCUUGCGAUUCGGUGCUCGAAAAGGACUUGAACCGUUUAUGUUGCCAUCAGGAAUCAAGUGGGGAGUUCGUAUGCGUGGUCUUCUAUGCCCGCGUCUUCGCUCUCUCACGCGGUGGAAAACGGGAUGUCCCACGAUUACCGUGGAGUCGGGCCUCUGUCGACCCGUACUUCGCAAUGAUUGCCGACGACGUGUCGCGAAGACUUCCCGCUUCUUCUGUCCAUGACACCGCCCUCAUCGGCCCCGCUGUUUUUGCCACGUCACGUUCUUCCAUUUCUAACCUAACAAACUCUCACAAUUUUCUCUCUCUUCUACUAUUGCCCACUAAUCUCUCUCUCUCUCUCUCUCUCUCUCUCUCUCUCUCUCCUAAACUCCCUCUCUCAUUUUCCGUCUGCACACUUUGGUCACAAGAAGAAAAUGUCAUUCCUCGGCGGCACCAACGUGUCGGCAAUUUCUUGGCCCAUCGACCUGGAGUAGCUUUCAUGAUAACAGGUGCGCUUGAUGCGCGCCCGCCCAGUUCUAACUAA